CACCUAAGUAGAAGAUCGCAAAUCACCAUGGAGCAGAGGCCUCAGACGCAUUAGUAGAUGGGCGAUAUUCGGCGCAUACCUCUUCACAGCUCAAGAAAUGAACACUUUGCGACGGCAAUGGUCUCCUUCGAGGCCUCGUGCCGGAUGUUGCGAGCUACGCGAAGGCGAAUAUUCCAUGAAUCGAGACUGUCAGGUCGAUAGACUGGUGACAAAAGGUACCAUUGAUGGACAUCACGUCGAAGCCAUGCCAGACACCGGCGCUGGAUGCAACUUGGCAUCCGCAUCGCUGGCUUCACGGCUCGGUCAUGUCAUUUCGAUUGCAAGCCAAGACGAAGGCGGCUCACAGCGGAUUCAGAUGGCCAACGGCAAAUUUUUGAAGACUCUCGGCUCAUUCGAAGCCGUUUGGAGGUUCGCAGACAGCCCGGACCGGGGCUGGACGAUCUCGGUCCACGUUCUCGAGAAUUGUGUCUACGACCUCGUCCUGGGCUCCGACUUCCUCAGGACCUCGGAGACGAUGCGCAAACACCCACAGCGUCUCGAGCUUGUUCACCACUCGCCACGGACCAUAGAUUGGCAACCUGUGAUCUCCAUCAAUAGCCUAGGACCGGUCCGCCAGCACAUCAUGGGCCAUUUCGAUGGCGACAGGGUGGAGGCGCUGCCAGAUUCGGGCUCCGAGUCCAACCUCGUUUCCUUUGAGUACGUCGCCAGGCGAGGCCUGUACGGAUCCGUGGAUCACACCAAUACCCGCGUGGUUCAGUUCGCCGAUGGCACCACGCGGCGUACCAUGGGCUCGAUGACGGCGAGGUGGGAGUAUGAUUCGGAGGGCCGCAGAGAAGCAAGGUCGAAAGCAGAAGAGGAAGAAGGGGGCUUUGAAGUCGAGUUCCAUGUUCUUCACGGGUGUACGUACGACGUCAUCGUCGGCUACGAUCUUCUCCAAGAAACGCGCGCGUUUGCGAUCCACGAGGAUGCCUUUGUGGAUGUUGAGCCUCAUUCUCACACAUCCGGGCUCAACUUGGUAACGUGGCUUCCGAGAAUACGUAGAGAGCCGAACUACAAAGAAAGAGAAGAGAUACAGGCCGCUGCUUCCAUUAAUAUUCAGGGACAAGAGGGCCAGCAGCAAGCUCAAGCGACGUCUCCGGGUACCGGGACGCAGUCAGUCGGUCUAUCGGAAGCGAGGCGACCGCCGGCAGCAGCGAGCUUGCCGACGCACGCGGUUUCUCACUUCAACUACAGUAACAGUAACAGCAGCACCUCUGAAGACCGAGCUCAGGUUCUUAGAGCCGAACUCGAGCGUCGAGCAGUCAUGGACCGGAAGCUAGCGCGGAUGCCGCAAGGCCCCGACAAGGUGUCAGCUUCGGUGGCAGAGAGAGAGCAGCGUCGUCAGUUUGAAGCCAUAUGGUGCCCGCUGACCAAAUGGGACAGCGACUUUGAUGACGGCGACGUUUUGAGAACGGGUAGGGACGAAUCGAAUACCACGACCGCCGUCCGCGUGCCAGCGACCAGUAGGGAGUCUCCUACCCGGAGAGGGCGGUUGAGAGUGGAUAGCAGCUCGCGUGACGGUGCAGGGCAGCAGAGGAGGCGGAAUUUGAUGUCGCGAAUCUGGGGCGGCGGUGUUGAGUCGGGGGUUUCGACGGACAGAUUUUCGAGUAUCCUCUAGCCUCUCGUGUUAUUCGCUUACGACUUACAUUUGAGUACAGAGCAGAAGGGAUGCGUUAAUGAUAGCGGGUUCUAACGGCGAGCUUGAUGUGUUUCUUCAACAUUGUCGAGCAUCAAU